CGGCGGGCUCCGAGUCCGCUAGCUGAACAUGCAAAAUGACCUGCUGGUCCGACUGCGAGCACACAUCUCAGCAGCGCAGUAGAUCAUCCUGAUUGCAUGCUGAAGCCGACACGCUGAGGGCAGCUACCAUGGACGCGCCCGCACUGACCCUCACUCUCCAACCCGACAAUCCACUCAACACCACCCUCUCUUCAGAUGGUAGACCUCUCUACACAGUGAGCGCGACGCGCACUGCACGAGGCUCUGCCAUCCGCGUGAGCGACGCAUCCGGCGCGAACGUAGCCACUCUCGAGACGUCCGACCUCGGUUGGGGCUCGUCCAAGGUGAGGGUCGGCGAGGACAAGUCUGUGGCGUAUGGCAAGUGGCUGAGCAAGAGCAUCAUGCCGUUCGGACGGUGUGUGCUUUCAGUCGGAACGGCUGCAUCGAUGUCGUGCAGUAUGGGGGCGGUGACAUGCUAAUGAUGAGCGACAGGGAUGUGACGAUGAAGGACAAGAGAGG